AUGAACCAAAAUUGUAAGUGUAACCAUGACCAAAUCAACUCGUUAGGUUUUUGUCUCGACUGUUAUGAAGAAGUCACUAACACUGAUAAUUACGUCCAAGUCUCUAAAGACGUCUUCAUGACAAAGUCAUGUGCAGAACAACAAAUCCGUGCUACAACGCAAAAUCUCAUAAAUAAACAAAAACUCUCUUUAUUAUUAGAUCUCGACAGCACUAUUAUUUUUACAGACCAAACUCACCUGUACGAUUUGGACGAAAUCCCAGAAAAUGUCGACACGUCACCAGAACGUGGAUUUUUCUUCCAAAUUCCCGAAUACAGUAAAAAGGUCUUUGUGUAUUUCCGUGACGGGAUUGUAGCAUUUAUGACUAAACUCAUCACUUUGUAUGAGAUUCAUGUUGUCACUCUUGGACAAAAAGAUUAUGCGAUGGCUAUAGUUGAAGCUCUCAAUAAACUUCCAGGGGGACCUUUUAUCAAUGGGAAGAUUGUGUGCAGCGAAGAUUGCAUUUCAGAGAUUUUGAAAGAUGAUGGAGAUUUUCAAAAUGAUGGGCUGAUUGAGAGAAAUGAGGAUACGGAAAGAAGGGCAGUAAAACGCACAGUUCCGGGAAUGGGGAGCGAAGAGGUGCAGAUUGUCGUUGACGACAGGAUUGACGUUUGGGACAAUCACAAUGUUUUACAGAUCCAAGAAUUCGUUCUGCCCAACAGCGAAAACGUCAAAGAUAACGAACUUGAAAGAAUCUCGGAGAUUUUGAAAUACGUCCACACCGAAUUUUUUGGCGGAAAGAGCAACGUCAGGGUAAUACUUUCAGAGAUGCGAGAACAUAUUCUGAAAGGGAAAAAAAUCUACUUCUCAAAACCGAAAGGUGGCGAAACGAAAAUGAACAAAAUGACUGAAUUCAUUUGGAAUGCCAUUAAACGAAAUUGUGAAAUGAUGGGUGCGGUCAUGCAGAGUUUAGUUCGAGUCGAUGGAGAAAAUAAAACAGAUCUUAUAAUUGAUGCAAAGCCUUAUAAUGGUAUUAAAGCAGUCAAUUGUGGUUUUAUAAUGAUGAGUUGGAUUAUGAUGGAGGAAAUGAAGCUUGAGAAAUUUGAGAUCACAGAUGAUAAUUCACAAUACAAAGAGAUAACUAAAGAUGAGAUUUGGGAAGAUAGAAAAAGAGGUGAUUCAGAUGACGGAACGACAACAAACUUGAGCGAAUAUACAGACGAUUCAUCAGAUUCUUCAGACGAAUCAUCUGAGGAAAAAAACACAGAGGAAUACAAAAACAAACAAAAACUCAUUCGAGCAUGUAUCGAGAGAAACAAAAAGUGA